UCAUGGUACUGAUCUCAAUUUUAGUGUUUACAUUAUUACACCACGGUUUUGUCUAAAAUUAGUGAAAUAAAAGAAUCAUUAAAUUUUUUCAUUGUGCUAUAUAUAAGUUUUACAUCAUAUAUUUUAUAUAUUUACCUGUUGCAAAAUAUGUUUAAAGCGAGUUUGUCUUACAAAUCUUGGCAAAACUUUAUCAAUCAUUACAUUACUAAACAUUUUUCCGAUGUUAUUCAAUUUUUUGUAGAAUCAAGAUUACUGGUAAUUCUUUUUUUCUAUUUCCACUUUGUAACGUUUAUGUAACACUUCUAAACAUUGAACGUGCACAAAUACGUACAUAAUUAUGUAUAUAUGCAUAAUAUGUUAAUACGUAAUCAAAGGCUCCUAAUAAAUAUUUACACAUGUAAUUUACUUUCCCGCCAAUAAACAUAUUUAUUCGUAGGAAAGAUAAAUAUUCUUAAAAAUUAUGAAUUAUUCUGUGCCAGACUUUCUUCUUUAUACUGUUAUUUAGUUACAAGAAAAUGAAUGAUAUUUAAUUCAUCGUAAUGAUUUAAAUAAAAUUUGAUAAAGUUGAUCAUCGGUUAUCAUCGUAGUAGUCAAUGUGUUAAUAGAUAUAUUACUCUUUUACAAUAAAUUCAUAAUUCAGUUAAAUAGAAGAAUUGUAGCUGUUCUUCUGUUUCACUUCCUUCUAAAUAAGAAUUAAUAUAAUAUAGAAAUAAAAUCAAGUUAAACGUAAUAAUGAAUACAGAAGUACCUAACCUCUUGUGAAACCAAGCCAAAUGUUCAAACGUGUUUAUUAUUUGAAGUAUAUACGUGACAGAUUUAUAAACACAGAAAAAAAUGGAUCACUUGAUAGAUCGAGAUUUAUACGAAUUUAUUGGCACAACAAAUUCAGCCACAACUCAGGAGAUCAAGAAAGCAUAUCGCAAAAAAGCUUUAUCUUGCCAUCCUGAUAAGAAUCCAAACAAUCCAAGAGCAGCAGAAUUAUUUCAUGAGUUGUCAAGGGCAUUGGAAAUACUUACAGAUGCAUCUGCUCGGGCAGCUUACGACAAAGUUAUUAAUGCCAAGCAUCAAGCAAAAUUACGGGCCAGAGAGUUUGAUGCAAAACGUAAAAAAUUAAAAGAAGAUUUAGAAGCACGAGAAGAUGCUUAUAAACAAUCUUUAUAUCCGAAAAGUUCUAGGAACAAUGAUGAAGAUAAAUUACGAGCUGAAAUAGAACGUCUUCGAAAAGAAGGAUCAAAGCAAGUAGAAGAGGAAGUAGCAUUUAUGAAAAAAAAGAUUGAAGAAGAAUCAAAAAAGCUAUGGACAGCAGCUGAUAAUGACAGUGGUUCUUACAAAAUUAAAAUAAAAUGGAAAACUAACAAGAACAAUCUUAAUAAUACAUAUGACUAUAAUACAUUAUUUAGAAUAUUUUCAAAGUAUGGUGAUGUAGUAACUCUAAUCCUUUCAUCUACAAAAGAUGGCAGAGCAUUAGUUGAAUAUCAAAAUAGGAAUGACGCGGAAAUGGCUUUAAAUACGGAAAUUGGUUUAACGCAAAACCCAUUAAAACUUUCCAAGCUAUGGGAUUCACCAACACGAUCUAAUGUUAAAGAGGAGAAGUCAAGUCACACUGUAAAUCUGAAUGAAUGUACAUCUAACAUAAUCAAUGAUAUGACGAAAAAUAAGGUAAGUCAAAGUGAAAUGUCCGACGCAGAAUUUGAACGCGUUGUAUUGAAUAAUCUUAGAAGAGCUGAAGAAGAAAAAAGACAUUCAAAUAUGUCGAGUUCAAAAAAAGGCACUUAAUAAAUGUACAGAUAAUGAUACAACUUUUUCUAGAUUUAUUUAUUGUAUAA